AUGAAUUAAAUAUAUCAAGAUAAGGCUAUAUUAUUAACAGAGCUAUAAUAAUUGAAGUAAAGAAAUCUUAAAUUGGAAUUUGAACUUAAAGAACUUUUCCAAUCUUAUAAUACUAUGAGAUCUAAAUCAUCAAAAGACAAUAUUCAUUUAUUAGAAGAAGAAUUAGAUGAUUUAAAGUAUAUUAGCUUAUUUAACAACUCUAGAGUUUAACAUUAAAAUAUGAAGGAUGCUUUUGAUUAUAAGCUUGAAUUAUUACGUAUUAGAUUAGAAAAAGUUAACCAAGAGAAUAACUAAUUGAAAUUAGAAAAUUUGGAAUUAAUUUAACAGUAAAAUGAUUAAAUUUAAUAAACUCAAUCCAUUAUUUAGAUGACAAAAUAGAACAAAGUCUUAUAAAAUUCUUAAAUUGAUAAUUUUAAGAAUUAAGUAAAUAAAAUUAAAACUGUUGUUGAAUAAAAAAUAGUUAAGAAAUCUAAUAAAUAAUUCAUGAAUACAAAAAAAUGA